UUGUUUUCUCUCUCUUAAAAAGUAGUAGGUAACUACAGGACACGUCCCUUUCUUUUCAUUAAAAUAAGUCUCAAGAAUAAAAAAAAUAGAGAAGCAGAAUUUCUGGACAUUAUGAUGUUUGAUUGAGAGGUGUUCAUUUACAAUCAGAACCCCUCCAAAUUCCAAAACUAUUGCUCCUUUGUUCUGCUUCUUUCUUAAAUAUAUACACUAGUUCUGUUUUCUAUUUUAUUUUCUGCUGCUCAGUAGUUUUUUCUUCUUCACUUGGAUGAAGCACACGAAUUUUCUGCUGGAUUUUGGAAUUUGGGACAUCAUUAUAUCCCGUGUACAAAGUGUCAGCUCAAGGGAGAAACUUGUCAUCUAGUGUAAUUGGAUUAAUUAAUUGUUUCUGUAUGAAAAUUUGGUUGUUUCAAUUGCUUUAUGAAGUCAAAGAUUGGAUCUUUUUUGGAUUCUAUUAGAUGGGGUUGUCUGCAAUGGGCUGCUAUUGGUCAUUGUUGAGAUGAAUUCUUGAUGAAGGAAAGCAGUUUGAUGAGGGUUUUGUUCUGCAAAAUCCAUUGUCCAUUUAUUUGCUUCUGUAAACCCUCUGCUGCUCAUCUUUACACUUCAGGUCCAUUGAAACUGGAAAGUGGCCCACAUGUCACUCCAACACUUGUUUCUGAUCAACAAUCUGUUGUUGCUGAGGUCAAAGAAGAGAGUUCUUUAGAUGGAAACCAACUUCCUGAAAAUGAUCUUAAAAGCUGUAUUAGGAAAAGUCCUAAUUCUUCAAAGGAAAUUGACAAGAAGAGAGUUCAAUGGAUGGAUAACAUAGGGAAAGAACUUACUGAGAUCAAGGAGUUUGAAUCCAGUGAAACGGGGGAUACUGAUACUGAAGAGGAGACAAGACAUUGUCUAUGCAUUAUUCUUUGAUGCUGAUUAACCAGCUUCUUCCUGGAACUACUUCCAAAGUGGGGCUGCAGUUUAACCUAACCGACGACAAUGAUGAAUUGACUUCAUGUGCACGAGAACUUUGUUCAUGAUUAGAAAAGCUACAGGCGCUAAAGUCACUCACCUAAGCAUGCUUCCAUCAGAAUUGCUAUUCUUAUUGCAUUUACAUCGAGAAUUUCUUCCAUGCCUUGCUUUAAUAGAAGCGGAGUUGAUGCUGUCAUUUCAAAGCUAGACUCCUCAUUUGAGUACAUUUCAUUAUCUGGGGAACAUCCUACACGGGAAUGAAGGUUGUUCAUGUAUCACUUUUCUGCCAUUGCGGAUUGUGAUCACUUCAAGCUUCUUAUGUGAGAAUUCAGGUCAACUGACAAUUGUUCCCUGUUGUAAAAGCGUGAAGCCAAGCUGAUGUUUCUUGCUUGAUUCUUCUGAGUAAUAAAACCACACACAAACUAACUGUUUUCUCCUGCAGUAAGUUUUCUGGUUCUAGCAUUUGAAGGUUGCCUAUAGGUCACGGGUUCAAGCCGUGGAAUCAGCCACCGAUGCUUCCAUUAGGGCAGGCCUACAUCACACCUCGCUGGUGUGCGGCCUUUUCCCGCACCCUGUGUGAAUGCGGGAUACUUCGUGCACUAGCUCUGCCUUUUUUUUUCCAUCUGAAGGCUACUGAAAAAGCUAUGUGCACACAUGUUAAACUUCAAAGAACAAGCAGCCUGUAUUGUUUCUGUUGGUUUCUCCAAAUAAUAAACUUAGAAUGAGUUUCAGCUUGUAGAGACCAAUAAUAUAUUGUGCAUCAGUGAAACUGCUUUUGAUCAUGAAAGGAAGAUUAGAGGGAUAAACAAGCUUAACUUUGAAGAUGUAACAA